AUGACAGAAGCCAACGACUUUGAAUCGUCCAACGAGGCCGAAUUGGCUCGUUUGAUGGAACUGCAGCGACUUGAACAACAAGCGUUCUUGAACCAUAUUGACUUUAACGACAUUGACAGCGAUGCUAGCGAUUUCGAUGUUCGUCGACGUUCCUCUACUUCCGCUGUUCUUCGUCCGCCCAUGCCCGAUUUACGUUUUGGCCAACAGUUCAAUAAGACGGUUGAAAAUUUACAAGCCAACGGGGCUUCCGGCGCCUCUAUAUUCUUCUCAGCCGUCAUCAAAGAUCAGAUCAUCAUUCCUUUUGUCAGUGGCUUCACAUGGAGUUUAGGCUCGCAUCUUUGGCGUUGGUACCGACCGCGUAGAAAACCCGUCAAUGCCGGAAAUAGCAAUGGAAACGGCUUCCUUACCCGUCUUUAUACACGAUUUUCUCUUUGGGCAUCAAAUACCUACCAUACCUUGGUUCGCCUUCCAUCCAUCGUUCCAGAAAUCAAACAAACCAUCACCUCUUCCUGA